CUGUUCUGGCGUGACGUUAAAGCAACUGUUAUUCAUCAAAUCCAUUACGCCCGCUCACCAUCUCCCCUCUUUUCAGUCAACUCAUUUUUUUCUGCCAUCCCCUCUAGCAAUGGAUUGUGUGAGCCCAAUCCUGGACGUCGCCACCCGCUUGUGGGAUUGCACCGCCAAGCGUGCAGUUUAUAUUCGUGAGCUUCAAGAAAAUCUCAAGUCUUUGAAGAGCUUAACGGAGGAACUGAGCAACUUAAGUAAGGAUGUGAUGGGAAGAGUUGAACGUGAGGAGGACCAACAGAGUAGGCGCACGCAUGAGGUGGAUGGUUGGCUCCGCGCUGUACAGGUCAUGGAAGCUGAAGUGGAAGAAAUAUUGCAAAAUGGGGAUCAAGGAAUCCAACAGAAAUGCCUCGGAACCUGUCCUAAGAAUUGCAGGUCAAGCUACAGGCUGGGGAAGAUUGUGAGAAGAAAGAUCGAUGCUGUGACUGAAUUAAAGGGCAAAGGGGGUUUUGAUGUUGUGGCUCAUAGCUUGCCUUGUGCUCCGGUGGAUGAGAGACCAAUGGGGAAGACUGUGGGCUUAGACUUGAUGUACGAGAAGGUUCGGAGAUGCCUGGAAGAUGAGCAAGUAAGAAGUAUUGGGUUGUAUGGAAUUGGGGGUGUUGGAAAAACCACCCUCUUGCGGAAAAUCAAUAAUGAGUAUUUUGGUAAAAGAAACGAUUUUGAUGUGGUGAUAUGGAUAGUGGUGUCGAAACCAAUCAGUAUAGAAAAAAUUCAAGAAGUGAUUCUGAAGAAAUUAUCGACCCCAGAGCACCAAUGGAAGAGUAGUAGCAAGGAGGAGAAGACUGCAGAAAUAUUCAAGUUGUUGAAAGCCAAAAACUUUGUGAUAUUGCUUGAUGAUAUGUGGGAGCGACUGGAUCUCUUGGAGGUGGGGAUCCCUCAUUUGAGUGAUCAAACGAAGUCCAGAAUAGUACUCACUACGCGAUCUGAACGAGUAUGCGAUGAAAUGGAAGUUCAUGAGAGGAUGAGGGUAGAGUGUUUGACACCGGGUGAAGCAUUUUCUCUGUUCUGUGAUAAGGUUGGUGAGAAUAUCCUGAAUUCACAUCCGGAUAUAAAAAGGCUUGCUAAGAUUGUUGCUGAAGAAUGUAAAGGACUGCCACUUGCCCUCAUCGUCAUUGGGCGAUCAAUGGCUAGCAGGAAAACUCCUCGGCAGUGGGAGCAAGCAUUACAAGUGUUGAAGAGUUACCCAGCAGAGUUUUCAGGUAUGGGAGAUCAAGUAUUUCCAAUUUUGAAAUUCAGUUACGAUCACUUGGACAAUGAUACCAUCAAAUCAUGUUUCCUAUAUUGUUCAAUAUUUCCUGAAGACCAUGUAAUUUCGAAAGAAAGACUCAUAGAACUUUGGAUCGGGGAGGGGUUUCUAGACAAAUUUGCUGAUAUAUACGAAGCACACAACCAAGGAGAUGAGAUUAUUAGAUGCUUAAAACUUGCAUGUCUCUUGGAAGGCGAUGUAUUAGAAAACACUUGUAGCAUGCAUGAUGUGAUCCGUGAUAUGGCUCUAUGGUUAUCAUGUGAAUGUGGGGAAGAAAAGCACAAAAGUUUUGUACUAGAACAUGUUGAGUUGAUUGAAGCAUAUGAAAUUGUUAAAUGGAAAGAAGCUCAACGGAUUUCACUAUGGCAUUCUAAUAUCAAUGAAGGACUCUCUCUAUCACCCUAUUUCCUCAAUCUCCAAACUUUGAUUUUGAGAAAUUGUAACAUGAAGUCACUUCCAAUUGGAUUCUUCCAAUUCAUGCCUAUCAUAAGAGUUUUGGACUUGUCAGAUAAUAAGAAAUUAGUGGAGUUACCUUUGGAGAUUUGUAGAUUAGAGAGUUUGGAAUAUUUGAAUCUAUCAUUGACGAGUAUAAAAAGGAUGCCUAUAGAACUGAAGAAUUUGACAAAAUUGAGGUGUUUGAUAUUAGACUAUGUAGACGGGCUUGAAGUAAUUCCAUCAAAUGCGAUAUCUUGCCAUCCAAAUCUGCAGAUGCUUAGUAUGAUAUUAUCACAGAUUGAAGAGGAUAUUAAAGAAUAUGAGGAAGUUGGAGUGUUACAGGAGUUGGAGUGCUUGCAAUACCUAAGUUGGAUACGUAUCACCUUACUUACAGUCCCAGCUGUUCAAAAAUAUCUCACCUCCUUGAUGCUGCAGAAGUGCAUACGACGUCUAGAGAUGAGGAUGUGCCUAGGUUUGCAGGUGGUGGAGCUGCCACUUUCGGCUUUGCAAAGACUCACUGUGCUUGAAUUUGAUCAUUGUAACGAUUUGGAACGUGUUAAAAUAAAUAUGGGACUAUCUCGAGGUCAUAUCACAAACUCAAACUUCCACAACCUUGUUUAUGUGUUUAUUGCAGGGUGUCGAUUCUUGGACUUGACAUGGCUUAUUUAUGCUCCAAGCCUUGAGAGUCUAUGUGUUCUACAGAGUCUUGAAACAGAAGAAAUUAUAAGGGGUGAUGAGUAUGGAGACUCAGAAAUUGAAGAACAAAAUCUCAGCAUAUUCUCAAGACUUGUGAAGCUAGAGUUGUUUGAUCUCCCAAAUCUAAAGAGUAUCUAUAGGCGGGCCUUGCCAUUUCCUUCUCUCAAAGAGAUCAAAGUGUCUUUUUGUCCAAAGCUAAGGAAAUUGCCAUUGAAUUCCAAUAGUGCCAACAACACUCUAAAAAUAAUUGAGGGGCAUCCGAGCUGGUGGGAGGAGUUGGAGUGGGAGGAUGACAACCUCAAGCGCACUUUCACUCCGUAUUUCAUAUCUACGAGCACUUGAUUUGAAUCUAAAACUCAAUCAGAUGUGAGCAAAUAAUGGUGAUUGAAAGAAGGAGAUGAUUGUAAAGUUACACGUUAUGGAGGUUUGCAGGAAUUGUUGGGUUUCCUUAAUUUCCUUUCCUCCAUGUUUUCCAACAAACCCAUUGGUCUUCCUCUCCUAGGUACAUUUUUUGUUUUUGCUUCAAUUCGUAUUUUAUGUUCUGAUAGAUGUUUUAAUGCACUCCCACAUAUAAAUUUCGUUUAAGAAAUGAAGAAUUGGUGAAGGUGAUUCUCAUAAUAGGCAAA